AUGUCCGACGCCGAAGAAGUAACCGUCGAGCGCCUGCCCGAGCUCCUCAAGAACGACAACGCCGUCAAAGUCGCGGGCAUCGAUGUCGACGGCAUCCUGCGCGGCAAGCUCAUGGCGAAGAAGAAGUUUCUCUCCAUAGCGCAAGAGGGGUUCGGGUUCUGCAGCGUCAUCUUUGGCUGGGACAUGCAUGACCAGACCUACUUCCGGGAGCUGGGCAUCUCGAACAAGGAGAACGGGUACCGCGAUGUGAUCGCUAUACCAGACUUGUCGUCGUUCCGCAGAAUACCAUGGGAGAAUAACGUACCAUUCUUCUUAAUAUCAUUCCAUGACCCGGAUACUGGAACCAGUCUGAGCGCGUGCCCGAGGAGUAUAUUGAAGAGGACGGUGGGCAAGCUGCGGGAGCAGGGCUACGGCGCCAUGGCCGGUGCCGAGUACGAAUUCUACCAGUUCAGAGCACCACAGAGCCAUGACGGCCCCGAACGCAACUCUUCGUCUACAGCCACCUUCCUGCGCGACAACCCCGUAAAUUCGCUCCCACCGCUCACGGAAGGCAUGUUCGGCUACAGCAUCACGCGACCAGUGCACAACCAAGACUAUUACUAUGGAAUCUUCGACGCAUGCGCGCAGUUCAACUGUGGGAUAGAAGGAUGGCACACUGAAUCCGGACCAGGUGUUUUUGAAGCAGCCCUCGAAUUCGGCGAAAUAACCGCCAUGGCAGACAAGGCCUCCCUCUUCAAGCUCGUCGUCAAGUCCCUCGGCUCAAAGCACGGCAUAACCCCCUGCUUCAUGGCAAAGCCACGCGAAGGCCUCCCAGGAAACAGCGGCCACAUGCACGUUUCCAUCGUCGACGACGCCGGCAAAAACCUCUUCUACCGCGGCGAAGAGGACCCCUCCCCACCCUACCCAGACGUGCGCUUCCUGAGCGAUCUCGGACGCCACUUCCUCGCCGGCUUGAUCGACGGCCUCCCAGACAUUAUGCCCAUCCUCGCCCCGAACGUGAACAGCUAUAAGAGACUGGUUGAGAACUUCUGGGCGCCGGUGACGGUGAGCUGGGGCCUGGAGCACCGCGCUGCGUCUAUCCGCCUUAUUUCGCCGCCUACGUCCUCAGGCAAGGCGACGCGGUUCGAAGUUCGAGUUCCAGGCGCUGAUACGAACCCGCACUUUGUGCUGGCUGCGAUUCUGGCGCUCGGAUGGCGGGGUAUUGAGAAGAAGAUGGAGAUAUCCAUACCGCCGCUUGGCAAGGGCGAGGACGUGGGCGGCGCGACCGACAAGGGCGUACGGCUCGCCAAGAGCUUGAAGGAGGCCACGCAAAGAUUUAUGGCCAAGGAUAGCGUGGCUAGAGAAGUGUUUGGUGAUGAGUUUGUGGACCACUUUGGAGGGACGCGGGAGCAUGAAAUCAGGCUUUGGGACGAAGCCGUCACGGAUUGGGAGAUCAAGCGGUACAUUGAGACGGUCUAG